UCAGCGAUCCAGGAGCAACUUUGCUACUGUCUUUUUUUUUUUUUUGCGUGCGCGUGUGUGUGUUGCAGAUCUUCAGUAUCUGGCUGCCUCUUUAACAUCCUCAGGCUUUCAGCAUCAAGAUGAUCCGCAUAUGCACAAUGGGACUGCAUCACUAUGACGGACUACAGGUGCGAGGAGGACGAGAGCGUGAGGCAGACGGGGGGUGGUUUGUAUGAGUUUUCCCUUCCUUGAAGGUGAAAAAGACUGUUAAUGUCUGGUGGUGGAUUAUCAGGUUCAGACAGCCACUCCCUCGAGGAACGAAUGUACCACACGUUACAUAAGAACUGCACUGGGACCAGUGUUGAACAGCGUCAUGACUCCAGCUGAUUCAUAGGAUGUGGCAUAAGAUGGGAAACCAAGGUUUUCAUCUCUCUAAAGAGAUUUUUGUCCACGCGCUUCAGAAGGACCUGCAGAACUCAAGGCAAGACUGUGGAACCUGAUGUGACGUUUUUGAUGAGGAUUUCUCUCCUUUUUGGAUUUUAAUAAUGUAUGUUUUUGGCUUGUUCUUUUUCGUCUGUCAGAAUGGAUUUUAACAUGGACCAAGGUAAACCCACCCAGUAAGCCAUCCAGCUGAGAGAUUUCCAUAUUUCUCUACUGCUUCCACUGGGAAACAGCAUGGAUCCUUCCCGUGACCAGCUGUCGGACUGGAGCUCAGUUGAGCCCACCUUCACCACACAGUUGCAGCACGACAGCGCUCAGCAAAAACUCAACCACAGCUACAGCUUCCACAGCGCUCUAAAUCUGCCCGCCACCUUCAUCCCCCCGACUGGCUCUCUUCAUCAGCCUCUGCCCUCUAAGCUGCCCACCGCUGUUGUUCCGUACUCCUCCCUCAUCGCCUUCCCUUUCUUGUCCACCACCUCCUCCUCAGCCAUCAGGCAAACAUCAUAUUCCUCUUUCGAUUUAUCCUUCACCAACUUUUCCUCGAAUGAUUUGGCAGACCUGGAGAGCAUGCUGCUCUGGACCCUCCACGAGCCCAGCACCAUUGCUUUGACUGUAAUGUACAGCCUGUCAUUCAUUUUGGGAUUCGUUGGCAAUUUGAUGUCCCUUCGAGUCCUCACCAGCCGGCGCAGUCGGCAGCUAGCUGGCGUGAGUGCUACACGCAGUCUCCUAGUAAACUUGGCGGUGUGCGACCUGGCUGUGGUGUGCGUGUGCAUGCCCAUCACCUUGGGAAGCCAGAUCUACACCGCCUGGGUGUACGGUGACCUCUUGUGUCGAGCGGUGCCCUUCACGCAGGCUGUCUCGGUCUCGGCCAGCGUGUUAACGCUGACGGUGAUCAGCGUCAACCGUUACUACAGCGUUCGAUCGCCGCUCCGAGCUCGUACCAUGUUCACCCGCCGCCGGAUCUUGGCAACUGUUGCUGUGGUGUGGACGGUGUCCUCGAUGAUGUGCGCUCCCAUCGCAGUGAUGAACCGGCGUCGAGAGAUCAGCUUUGAGACUUUCACCAUCUUGGUCUGUCAGGAGGAGUGGCCUCAGCAUCGUCUCAAACAGGGAUACAACGUGCUGCUGUUUGUGAUGCUCUACUGUUUGCCAGUGACCUUUAACCUCACCAUAGGAUUCCUCACGGGCAGGCGGCUAUGGGGAGGAAAGAAAUCCACUUUCGCUGAUCUCGAUCCCCGAAGCCAAGCUCUUCACACCUCACGCCUUAAGAUGCGUCAGAAGAUUGCCAAGAUGGUGGUGUGUCUAGUGCUUCUAUUUGCAGUGUCCUGGCUGCCGCUCUACUUGGCCGACCUUUGGAUUGACUGCGAGCAAAGGCCAUCGUCUUGGCUCCUGCAGACAAGACCGUUUGCCCAGUGGCUAGGCCUGACAAACUCCAGCCUUAAUCCGAUCUGCUACUGUUUCAUCGGAGACCUGUACCGCUCAGCAAAGGUCAUAAGGACACGAUACUACCAAAAGGUUGCCGCUCUUUUCAACUCCUCAUCAUUCUCCAGCUCAGUUACAGUGGUGCCUCCUGCAGCAGGGAUAACUGACAGCAAAGUGUCGUCUGCUGAGCGCCGCCCUAUCGCUGCUGCAGUGGCGGCGUCCGCAUCCAUGGUUACAAUACCGAGGCUCUUGAACUUGGCGAGAGUCCAGGGCCUGGGGCAGAAGGUCAGAGACAGUUCAGACAGCCGAGCGGGCUCCGACCACAGCAUCUCAGACUGGUGUCGGUCCAGUCCCAGCGUGUGCGACAGCUCCUUGUUACCCUGCCAGCUCCACGGCCUUCAGCACACCAUACAAAAAGCAGACUUCCUGCCAACACGGAGACACUCUCUAAAUGAGAAAGCUGGACCGUUACCUUUAGGAAUCAGUCCUGUGGAAAUAGACGUGCUACCUCCGAGGAGGCAUUCGGGGGAUAGAGCGUAUAGUAUGUCAGCUGAUAAGAGAGACAUCAUUACUUUGGGCAAAGCUGCUUUCUGUUAUGCUGGGCAGCACAGGAGCAAAACACCACAAACCUACUCUCUGGUUGGGGACACAGAGGAUGAAACAACGGAUAUGACCAGCCUAUGAAAACUGCAGUUUAUCUGAUGUAUCAGCCGGGAGGAAUUGCUUCCUUUUCUCCUGCAGGCAGUAUAAACACGCACACCGCUCCCAAGUUAAAGUUUGCAGUUAACAUUGUAUAAUAAUCCAUGGCAAGAGUCAGUCGUUGCUUUUAGGAUAAAGUGACCUGCUCUGUACUCUCUCCUUCUUUUCAUGUGUAGAAGCCUCUCCGUGUCAUCUGGAGCACAUGGGACCCAAGAGUUGAAUUUGCAACAAUAAGUUCUUUUAUUUUUUUAAAGCAUGUGGAGGCAGGAGCAAUGGACUGAUCAACGUAAGGCAACAGCCAGAGAUUUAUUUAGCCCGGGGUGAGAAAACUGGUUAUCAUUAAGAAGGAUAAAUUAUGGAGCGUGCCAUUACAUGCAAGUGAUAUCAUAGUUACAACAGCUUCUAUCAUUUGCAUAAGACAAUAACGCAGCAGGAGGUAAAGUGUCAUGUGUCUCUGCUUUUCUUUGUUUUUGCUAAUGGCUUUGAUUGUAUUUUGUGCUCACGGGUCAUGUGGGAACAAACUGUAUUAUACACAGACUGUCUGCGAGAGUUUCUGACAGGUCUUCACUGAAUAAUGUUGCCAUUAAUGUCUGUUUUGCAAUGUUAAAUCAAGUCGAGAAAGAUUUCAGGAAGGAGGAGCCACAUACAUUAAAGCUCUUUUUAUCUAAUUCAGCGUGAAUCUUGGGAAGUAUUAUUAAACAUGAACUUUUGCAAAGGGCAUUGCUCUGCACACGUUUUUGCUUCAUGCAUUUACAUAACUAAGUUGGCUGUAACCAAAGAAUGGC